GAGAAGAAGAAACGUCGAUUUAGUUCCUGGUUGCAAAGUCAAGACUCUCCCACCGUCCAGGUUGUUAUUCCACCCUCACAUUUUAUCUGAACAACUCGGUGAAACAGUUUAUUUCAACCAAGAUGUUCAAAGGUCUAGGGACGUGGUUGGGUUUGGAGAACCAGACGUACUCACAGACGUCAGAUGACCAAGAAAACCUUCCCGAGGAGCAGGGAGAGAAGGUGGUAGAAGCACAAAACGAGGUAAACAAACAACAACCAGCUGACCAGCAGGAUGGAGAAGCAGAGGCGGACCAGGAAAACUCCGAGCACAGCAAAGGAUUGGGUGACUACAUAUUUAGUUUUGCAUCCAGUGCCACCAAAAAGAUCUCUGAGUCGAUGGUGGAGACGGCUCAGACCAUUAAGAAGACAGUGGAAGAAGGGAAAAUCGACGGCAUCAUAGACAAGACUUUUUUAGGAGACUUCCAAAAGGAGCAGGAGAAAUUUGUCCAAGAGAAGAAGGCAAAGAAAUCAGAAGCAGCAGUGCCUCCCUGGGUUGGCUACAACGAGGAAGAGACCAUCCAGCAACAGAUCCUUGCCCUGUCCGCUGACAAGAGGAACUUCUUGAGGGACCCUCCUGCUGGUGUUCAAUUCCACUUCAACAUGGAACAGAUGUAUCCUCUGGCAACAGUGAUGCUGGAAGAAGACCAGAUCCUCAACCGCAUGCGCUUUGACCUUGUACCUAAACAUGUGAAGGAAGAGGUGUUUUGGAGGAAUUAUUUCUACAGAGUGUCUCUGAUCAAGCAGUCAGCUCAGCUCACAGAGCUGGCAGCCCAGCAGCAGCAGAAGGACUCUGUGGACAGCGUUUCAACCGAGGACGUCGUCUUAGCAGACAAUGUCAGACCAAAGACUCCACCAGUCUCCAUAAAUGACUUAAAAAAGCCUCCUCAAGAAGAGGAAGAGGAGAUAUCCACAAGUCCUGGAGUGAGCGAGUUUGUGAGCGACGCUUUUGACUCAACGGCCAUCAACCAGGAGGACCUGAGGAAAGAGAUGGAGCAGCUGGUGCUGGAUAAGAAGGACAGCACCCCUUCUCCUGAUGAUGAGUCAGCAGACUGGGAGAAAGAGCUGCAGCAAGAACUUCAGGAAUACGAGGUGGUGACUGAGUCAGACAACAGAGACGACCAGUGGGAUCAAGAGAUUGAGAAGAUGCUGCAGGCUGAUGACAGCUAGAAAACUAGUGUGUUUGUUGCUGUCUGAGGCAGUGAUCUGUUGUAGGUUGGAUGAAUAGUAACCAGUGAUGGACAAGAGAACUUCCAAAUCUUCUGCCCUUCAUGACUGUGAUUACUAUCUUAUAAAGAUUCUCCUGUACCUGAUUAAGAGGCAUUGAUCCAUUAAUCGCAAGAAUAUGUCACCUCUGCUGGAGGCAGCAGCUAGGUUCAGACAUAUUAGUGAAGUACAACUGAUUAGGUUUCCUCUACCUUCUAUGUCUUUGAGGAGAAAACUCACUAGAGAGUACCUAAUACAAGUACCAUGAUUUUUUUUAUUUAUUUUUUUUUUAGUGGAGAGGGUCUGUCUGUAUUCAGUUUCUUUCCACUGCUGCUUCCUGGUGGGUUGGUCAGUUAAGUCUUGGUAUAGUUAUAGUAUAGUAAAGUCAAAUGUAAACUGACAUUUCUGUAAAUAAAGAGGGUUCUAACAUUACAUUAGUAGCAUUUCUAUUUCAUUAUACAUACAUUAUAUAUCUGCUUCUCUGUUUAACUGCAAGUUGACCAAAUCCUGCAUGUAUGUCUGAUUUACUUUGUUUCUCUGCCACUGAAAUACUGUACAUUUUUCACUUUAAUAAAUAUUUAUCCAUAA